UAAUUGGGUUGGUUCAUGGCUUUUAAUUUCGACUGGAGCCGGAGCCGAAGCCGGAGCCGCUGUUCCCAAACGUCUCGGCUCCACCGCCCAGCUCCGCAGAAGCCACGCGGAAGCCGGAGCCCAUUUGUGCCCCAGCUUCUCCUGCUCCAGGAGCCCAAUUCGGCUCAGCUCCACCACCGCUCCUCCCGACCUAGCGCCGCCGCCGCCGCCGCCGCCCUGCACCGUCUCCCCGCCGGCCGCCUCCACCCGCACCGCGCGGUGCCCCCCUCAUCACCAAGAACGGAAGUGCAGAUGACAGAAGCUGCUGAGUGGAAUGAUGAGAACACUAAAAUUAUCUGUGAACUUUAUGCUGAACAAGUUCGGGCUGGAAAUCGACCAAGUACUCAUCUCAACAGCAUUGGAUACAGCCAAGUUGCAUUGAAGUUUCAGCAGAGAACUCAUUUGCUUUACACCAAGAGACAACUUAAAAACAAAUGGGAUAAACUUAGGAAUGAGUACACCAUCUGGAAGAAAUUGCUUAUAAGAGGGUCAGGUUUAGGUUGGGACAGUACAAAAGGAACAAUUGCAGCUGACGAAAACUGGUGGAACAAGACAAAUACAGAGUUGCCAGGUGCAAAAAAAUUCCGCAAAGCUGGAAUGAAAAAUCUGGAUCAUUUGAGAGUGAUGUUUGAUGAUAUUGCCAGUAACGGUGUGGAUCAUACACCGGUGCCAGCAACAAGUUCGCCAUCUACUCUGGAAAGUCCUGUAAAUGUUGCUAAUCUUGACGGACUAGACAAUGACAUGGAAGAUAAUGAUGACACUCAGCUGGAAGAGGAGUCUCCCUUGAAUCGGAACAAGAAAAGACCUCGCCAUGCUAAUAAUGCUAACAAGAACAAGAGUAGUAGGACUGAAAUUGCUUUGCUCAUGCAAGCUCAAUUGAAGGGUAUGGCAGAUUUGGCCGAGAAAGCACAGGCCACUUUUGAGAAUUUCACCUCCCUUGUUGGCUCUCUAGGAUCCAGCAUUCAGUAUGUUAUGACAUUGGUUCAAGAAUGUGGAGCACGGAGUGGAAGCGACGAGCAUUUCAUUGCAACUGAGUUGUUUGUCAGUAGAGAACAAAGAGAAAUGUUCUUGACUCUGAGUACCGCUGAGGAGCGUCUAGAAUGGCUUAGAAGAAAGUAUAAAGCUAAGUAUGGUGCUUAAGAAAUAUGAUCGCGGAGCUUCCUGACAUCGUUUCACUUGGCUCUUGUUGCCUUAGGUAUUCAAGACUAUUUUUCUUUUCUUUUGUAUCGGAUGCUAGCAUGUAUUAGAUCCUGACAAGUGUGAUCGUCAACCUGUGGGUGUAAAGGCUGAUCUAUGAAUGUACAAUCAUCGUUUAGCAUUAGCUGUUUAUUUCUUGCUCAUUUUGAAUUUAAUGCUGUCAAAUGUGAGAUCAUAUAUGCUUCUGACGAAGGGAUUCCUAACCAGUUUGAGACUGUAA